CCCUUCCCCCCACAAGGCAAGACAUCGUCAGAUAGAUAGAGAGAUUGAUAGAGAGACAGUUAGAGCAGAGCAGAGGAGAGUUGUCGAAUCGAAUGCGAACCAUCGCGCUGGGAAUGCGAGGCUUGGGCUGCAGAGAGUCGUAUUUGAUGAGGAGCAGGGAGACGAGGAGGCACUGAGUGAGGAAGAGUCGACUCGUCGCCGCGUCUCAGAGAUGCGAGCGCGAUAAAGGACCUGCGACGGUGAAUAUUCGUUUUUACAGCGUAGCAGUAAAAACAGCAGUCUUUAUCGCGAGGCUCGAUUGAUUCGUCGUGAGAUUCGUCGUGGCCUUUAUCGAGAAUGAGCAGCUUCCUGCGACUGUCCAAGGUUUGGCCGCGCUAUGAGGCGCUGCAGAGCCGCUGGGCCCCUCUCGCGACCAGCAGUCGCUUCUGCGGAGCUCCCGUCUGCGACCAGCCUCCCACCAUCGCCACUGCCGACAGCAGACGGAGCUCUCGGUUUAUGAGUGUGAACACUCGAGGAACAUCGGCAGCACGAUCUGGGAAGAAGGUGGUGGAGUCUGACGACGAGGACGAAGACGAGAAGCCUCACUCGGUGAGCACCUUGAAGAGCUCGGACGAGGCGAAGGCGAACCAGUCUCAGAGGGAGACGUACGAAGAGAAGCAGUCGGACACUCACGUGGACUUCGCCAGGAUCAAAGAAGCCCCGGCUCCCAGCGCAGAGCAGUGGUGGUACCCUGAUCCGUUCACGGGCCAUUUCGUGCCCCGAGACAACUACGGCGAGAUUGCCACCAACAUUGUUCUGAAGGAAGGCAAGCACAUCCCGUUGGCGACCGAGAAGCCUCUGAAGAAGCCCCCGGCUCCAGCACCGGCCUUCAAGAAGCUCGGUGGAGUCCCGACCAAGGGAGAGAAAGGUGGGUGGUGGACAUCCAUGGAAGAGCUGCCGGACCUUGAUGAAUGCCACAUGCGUUGUUAACUUAACUCAAUCAAUCAAUCAAUCACACCGUGCUCCAGCAGGAGUGCUCCAGUUUUGUAGCCGAAUUCAGUCUGAAUUCGGUCUCCGCAGUCCCCAGUUGCUACCCACUCACUUGGGCACUCGGAAAUUAGACACACAGCUUCUCGAAAGCGGAGUGGGAAAUUCUCACUUUCAAAGAAUCUAUCCUUGUCUCUAAACUUCUGGAGAGUGGGGUGGGAAAUCCCCAUUUUCAGAGGCUCAAUUGUGUUUACAAAGAAUGCUUGAAGGGUGAAAAGCAUCGAUUCUACUGUCGAGAAUUUUGCAGGGUCGGUGCAGCCCCAAGCCUUUUAACUUCACCACCAUCAGGCCGGCCGUGGUAGGUAGUUUGGCUCUUUCAAGCUGGAAGAUUCGAUGCGGAACUUUCAGUCGUGAGGUCCAGGCUCAAGGUCGAGGUCGAGCUCUAGCAGAGUCGUCGGUGGGUGACCGAGCAAGCAUAGAUACUGCAGGGUCGCACAGCCAUUGACAGGACUGCAUAGCACAAGUUCUGCUUGGUCUUGUGCAGGUUGUCCAACCCGUGUUUUCUUGUAUUCGUCGACACGAUGAACAAUAAAGAAAAGUCUUGCGCUCUGCACGCUUCGCUUGCAAGCGUUUC